UGGCAUUCCACCCAGUUUUACAUUACCUACUCUACAUUCGUAUCCUCUCAUCCUUACCAAUCUUCCCCCAACUCAUCCGCUAGCCCCAAGCCGCAGGCCGCAGGUUUAUCCCCAACCAAGCUAACUUGCCAAGUCCACGUCAUCUAUUCACCUCGAAUCUCUCCUCCCUCCUUCUUCCAUCCCCACCUCACCUAACAUUCCUCCUUCCCUCAUCCACGUCUCUAUCCUAAAUUAUGGCAGCUGGAAUGGACUCUGAGAGUAUCGUACGUCGUGAGAUCACUUCACGAUGUAUUGCCAUCAUGAAUCGAGCGGAUUCCACCCUUCUUGACUACAUGAAGUAUCACAUUGACAGUGUGAAUGCCUCCAAAGGUCCGACAUACGAAAAGGCCAAGAAGUUUGGUCAGAUUCUCCUUGACAACUGUCAGGAAGCGGUCGACAAACCCCCGGUAUACCGGGAUGUGGCUCUACCGACAGCGCCGCAUACCGAGAUCACCGCCAAUGGUGAUGUGGUCUACCGUGAAGUGCUUCGUCAGAACGUGCGCAAACUGGAGAGCUAUGUGAAAGAGAUGGCUUCUGGAGGUGCGGUCGAGCCAAGAGUAAACCUCGACAAGGUACAAUCUGACAUUGAAAAAUUGUGGGAGCUGGUCAACUCUCAGCCGUCCAUCACCCCGGCGCAGAAAUCGGCCAUCAAGUCCAUGUACUCCGAGGUCGUCAAAUCACUCGGAAAUCCCCUAUCUGCCGAUCUGAGUAUUGAAGCCAUCGGUCGAGUCAAAGGGCAACGUCAACGUCGUAGUUCCUCCCAAUUCCUGCGCCCGAACGUCGAUGAUCCGACCGAAGUCGAGGAGACACACUUGCCAUUCUUGCAUCUGAAGCGGAAAACAGGGACGAGCUGGGCUUACAGCCAAAAGCUCACAAAUAUCUAUCUUGAUGUCUUGACCGAGAUUGCGACUUCGGGAGUGAGCUUCGCCAAGAAAGCAGCUCUUCUUACCGGUGUUGGCAAAGGCAGUAUCGGUGUGGAGAUCCUCAAGGGCUUGUUGUCCGGAGGUGCCAUCUGCGUCGUGACCACAUCCCGCUACAGCAGAGCCACAGUCGAUUACUACAAGAACAUCUUUCACGAAAUUGGCUCAAAGGGAUCCAAGCUUAUCGUCGUUCCGUUCAAUGGAGCCUCUAAACAGGAUGUCGAAGCUCUAGUAGAUUAUAUAUACUCCAACCUUCAGAUCGACCUUGAUUACAUCAUUCCCUUUGCGGCUCUUCCGGAGAACGGAAGAGAAAUCGACGGACUUGACGACCGAUCAGAGCUCGCCCAUCGUCUGAUGUUGACCAAUCUCCUUCGCCUACUCGGUGCUGUCAAAGUGAAAAAGGCGGCCCGACGCUUCGUGACACGCCCCACCCAAGUCGUUCUCCCCCUUUCCCCCAAUCAUGGAACCUUCGGCAAUGAUGGCAUGUACGCCGAGUCUAAGAUAUCUCUAGAAACUCUGUUCAAUCGUUGGGGAGCAGAGUCCUGGGGCGAAUAUCUGUGUAUCGCAGGCGCAGUCAUCGGCUGGACCCGAGGCACUGGUCUCAUGAAUGCCACCAACACGAUCGCUGAAGGUCUGGAGAAGCUUGGCGUGCGCACAUUCUCUGCCAAAGAGAUGGCAUUCAACAUCCUCGGUCUCAUGCACCCCUUGCUUUUCGACAUUACACAGAUUGAGCCCAUAUGGGCGGAUCUCAACGGUGGCAUGGACCGCGUGGCAGGUCUAAACGAAGUAAUCACCAGCAUCCGACUCGACAUGAAUCGUCUAGCGGAUCUACGCAAAGCCAUCGCUAUGGACAAUGCGCAGGAUUUCUUCGUUACCAAUGGUAAUGGCGCCGAGCGCUUGCAUCAAAAGGUCAACAUCGCUCCUCGUGCCAACUUCCGCUACGAAUUCCCCGUGAUUGAAGGUCCUGACGUGCUCGCCGAGCUCGAGCAUCUGCGGGGCUUGAUUGAUCUCGACGAAGUCAUUGUUUGCACAGGCUUCGCCGAAGUUGGACCCUGGGGCAGCUCUCGAACACGUUGGGAGAUGGAGGCCCGUGGCGAGUUCACCAUUGAGGGCUGCAUAGAGAUGGCAUGGAUGAUGGGUAUGAUCAAGCACUUCGACGGCAAGCUGGCUUCUGGGGCAGCGUAUGUCGGCUGGGUGGACGCUAAAUCGGGAGCGCCUGUCGAUGACAAAGAUGUCAGGACCAAGUAUGAAAAGGAUAUCAUAAAGCAUUCCGGCAUCAGAUUGAUCGAGCCCGACCUCUUUUACGGUUACGACCCAGAGAGGAAAGUAUUUCAUCAAGAGAUUGAGCUGAACCAUGAUCUUGAACCGAUUGAGGUACCUGCCGAGGACGCUGCUCGCUUCAAACGCGAGCAAGGCGACAAGUGCGAUAUCUGGGCGCAAGCCUCUGGCGAGUACAUGGUCAAGUUCAAGAAAGGCGCGAGGAUUCAUGUGCCGAAAUCGAUAAAAUUCGACCGUCUCGUGGCUGGACAAAUCCCCACCGGCUGGGAUGCCAAGCGGUAUGGAAUCCCCGACGAUAUUAUUGCUCAAGUCGAUCGCACUGCGCUUUGGGCGUUGACAGCCACCAUGGAAGCCCUGGUCAUGUCCGGCGUGACGGACCCUUACGAGCUGUACAAGUAUAUCCACCCAUCUGAAGUUGGCACUUCCUUGGGCUCCGGUAUGGGUGGCAUGCAUUCGCUCAGCGCCAUGUUCAAAGAUCGGAGAGAAGAGAAGGAUGUACAGAAAGAUGUAUUGCAGGAGACCUUCAUCAACACCGUCGCUGGUUGGGUUAACCUUUUGCUCCUAUCGGCUAGCGGUCCAGUCAAGAUCCCUGUCGGUGCCUGUGCUACUGCCCUUCAGUCCAUUGAGAUCGGCUGUGACUCCAUUCUGUCCAAAAAAGCCAAAGUCAUGAUCGCCGGUGGAUUUGAUGAUUUCUCAGAGGAAGGUUCAUUCGAGUUUGCCAACAUGAAAGCGACCAGCAACACCGAGACCGAGUUUGCCAUGGGACGUGAGCCCAACGAAUUCUCUCGUCCCAUGACCAGCACCCGUGCCGGAUUUAUGGAGUCGCAAGGUUGCGGUGUGCACAUUUUGAUGAGUGCAAAGACGGCCAUCGAGAUUGGUGCAAGUAUCCAAGGUAUCGUCGCUUACACUUCCACCCAUAUGGACAAAGCCGGUCGGUCGAUUCCCGCACCUGGGCAGGGUGUCCUCACUGCCGCGCGUGAGAUCACCCCUAAAGAACCUCUCCCAUUGCUCGACAUAAAGUACCGCGCUAGACAACUGGCGUUCCGUCGACGACAGAUCUCCCAGUGGUUGGAGAGCGAACACGAAUUGUUGGAGACGGAGCUGGAAGCCAGAACAUCGGGGAGUGAAACGGACGAGUGGUUGAAGUCGCGUGUUGCUUUCAUCGACAGUGAAGCACAGCGACAGGAUAAGGACGCGCUCUCGACCUUUGGGAUGCUCAAAGGCUCGAACCCUGCCAUCGCGCCUCUUCGUCGGGCUCUUGCUGUCUGGGGAUUGAAUGCGGACUCUGUUGGAGUAAUCUCCUGUCACGGUACCUCGACUAAAGCGAAUGACAAGAACGAAUCGGGGGUGUACAACCAACAAUUCCAGCAUCUUGGUCGAUCUCCGGGAAAUGCCGUACCUGUCAUUGCUCAAAAGUCCCUCACAGGUCAUCCAAAGGGUGGUGCCGCCGCUUGGCAAUUCAACGGUAUGUGUCAGACCUUAAACUCUGCCCUCGUUCCGGGGAAUCACAACGCCGACAACAUUUCAGAAGAGCUUCGACAAUACCCCCAUCUUUUCUACCCCUCGAAACCGAUUCAACACGUCCGUCUCGAAUGCGGUAUUCUCACUUCCUUCGGUUUCGGUCAAGUUGGAGGUGAAGCUCUCAUCGUUCAUCCACGAUAUCUCUACGCUGCUUUAGAACCUAGUGUCUUGGCGGAGUAUCAAGCCAAACGCAGGAACAGGGAAUUGGACACUUACUCUCGAAUGUCCAGUUCGAUGGUACGUAAUAAUCUGGUACAGAUCAAAGACGCUCCUCCUUAUUCCGCGGAGCUCGAGUCGAAAGUCCUUCUCAACCCUUUGGCACGUGCGGGCCCAAGCAAGAAUUCUUAUGCUUUUCAAGGUAAACUACCUAGCUCUGUACCUCUCAACGGGGCCAACGCCAAGACUCUUCAAACAUUGUUCUCUCAAGCUGGCGAUAUAGCCGGGGUUGGGUCUCUGCUGACGUAUAGCGUCGAUACAGAACUCAUCACCGCCGUCCCCACUUCAGAAACUUUCCGUCAACGUAACUUUACCCAGUCCGAGAUCGACUAUUGUUCCUCUGCUCCUGACCCUAUUGCGUCUUUCGCAGGAAGGUGGGCGGCGAAAGAAGCCAUCUUCAAAGCUCUCUCCGUACCAUCCAAAGGCGCUGGAGCAUCGAUGAAAGAGAUUGAGAUUGUGAAUACGGAAUCUGGCCCGGAAGUCAAGUUGUCCGGAGAAGCAGAGACGGCUGCGGGGGGAAAGAAGAUCAAAGUGUCUCUCAGUCAUUCUGACACUUCGGUGGUAGCUUUCGCCGUAGCUCAGUAA